UGAUGUUAUGAUGUAGUAUAUGUCAUGCAUGUCUUAGUACCAAAAUUUAGAUCCAUGGGUACAUACAUAUACCAUAUGUUAGCUACAAACAAGACCAAUAAACAGGAGGAAAAGAGAGAAGCGGAUUUCCCUCUGCCUUUGUUGUUUUUCCCCUCUUCUCUCUCUCUUUUUGCCGUCUUAUAUCUAGCAGACCAAGUAGAUUCAUCCAUCUUCUCUCUCUUUCUUUCCUCAUACUCUCUCUUUCUCUCACAACUCAUAAUCAAGAAAAGCAGAUCCAAGGUGGUUGUUAAGCUGUCAUUCUAUCAAUCAAUCAAUCAAUCCCACCAAAGAGAUUGCAAUCAUCAAUCAAUUUUAAAAGAGAAAGGAAGGGGCAAUCAAAGAAGAUGUCCUCCUCCUCUACUUUGUCUUUGGACCACCUCCCUCCCUCCGAGCAGCUCUGUUAUGUACAUUGCAACAUUUGCGACACUGUCCUUGCGGUCAGUGUUCCUUGCACAAGUUUGUUCAAGACUGUAACGGUUCGAUGUGGGCACUGCACCAAUCUUUUGCCAGUGAACAUGCGCGGGUUGCUUCUGCCUUCGGCUAAUCAGUUUCAUUUGGCUCACAGUUUCUUCUCUCCUUCCCAUAAUCUUCUGGAAGAGAUCUCAAAUCCUUCUCCAAACUUUUUGGUCAAUCACACCAACACGAAUGACUUCAACUUACCCCCUCGUGGAGUAGCUGAUGAGCUUCCAAGGCCUCCAGUUAUCAACAGACCUCCGGAGAAGCGACAGAGAGUCCCCUCCGCGUACAACCGAUUCAUCAAGGACGAGAUCCAACGCAUCAAGGCUGGAAAUCCUGAUAUAACUCACAGAGAAGCCUUCAGUGCAGCUGCAAAGAAUUGGGCCCACUUCCCACAUAUUCACUUUGGCCUCAUGCCUGAUCAGACUGCCAAGAAGACUAGCGUACGCCAGCAGGAAGGAGGGGACGUUCUCAAGAAAGACGGGUUUUUUGCUUCAGCUAAUGUGGGUGUCUCUCCUUAUUAAGUAGGGAGCUGUUCGAGCUCUAGACUGCUGUUUUCCUUUGUUCCUGUCUAGCAAUCUGCCAUUAGAUCUCUCUCUUUCUCUAUCUCUCAGUGCAGUCUCAGUUGCAGAGAAAGAACUUGGAGGUCAAGAUGCUGGUCGAGUUUGGCUACUCUAGUGUUAUUAAUUCUUUCAUAACCCAUCUGGUAUUGUACCCCUUUUAAUGUUUAUAUAGUUUGAUAAGAUAUCUAGUACUGAUGUUUAAGCAUGUACUUCUAGUUUUAGAUAAUAUCCUGCGUCCACCUUUGCUUGAAAAAAAAACCUUACUCUUAAUGUCAUUAAUCAGUUUCUUCUCUCAUCACUCUUAUCUUAUGAGAAAAAUAUUAAUUCUUCCAUUUUAUCACAUUAUAAUAUUAUCACAAGUGCUAAAUCUUGAGCAAAAAAAUAUACAUUAAUUAUCAUAAGUAAUCAAGUAACU